CAACACCAUCCCCAUGGACUCAGUCAACAGCAUCGAUCCCGCCCCACUGAGAACCUUAAAUGUACCAGAGAUGAGAGUUCAUCGACAACUAAUGCGUUUCGCCAUCCGAACUGUUCUAUACAUGGUGUUGGCUUGGCUCGCCCUGGCAUUAUUGUGGGCAUUUCUUCCCUCUCCAAAUCCAGAACGUGCCGAUGGCAACGGCGUCGACUAUCCAACGAGAACGCUUCUUUCCGGCAAGACUCUCACCAGAGUAUAUCGGUAGGUUCCUUGUAUCCAUGUGUGUCUCGAAAAAUAGCUCAUAGUUGUCUACUCAGCACGGAGGAAUCCAGGGGAUGGGGUUCUAAUUACGGCCGUUCGGGCUUCGCGCUGGAUUAUCAAUUCGAUCCCGAUAAUCUCACUAUCCGCAUAGGCCAAGACCAUAUUUUACCUUUAUUUCAAGAGCGAGAAACCAAUGCGACCGAAGAAUCGUUGGAAAUACGGCUCUCGACGGCUGCAGAACAUAAGCGGGCAAUGAUAGAGGUAAUGUGUGCAUCCAUAUCAAAAUAGCAUAACUAAAUAUUCACCCAGAAAGAGGUCUUGUCCUUGCGGCAUGAAAUCCAGAAAGGUGUCUUAAGCCCUGGUCAACGACCAGAAAUACGAGACGUAGAACGAACAUCCGAGCUUCUAGAGAAACUCGAAUCGUGUUCAUAUCUAGACACCAGUGUCAUAAAGAGGACCAAAAUCGAUAAAGUUUUGAAAGUCAUGUCGAAACUCCCAGAUCGUGCUUCCCUUGACGACCUCAUUAUCCAAAAGCGGGCCACCACUUUGCUUAAGGAAUGGAACAUGCGUCUCACGUACCCGCAACAUGCGGGUAUAAUUGCGCGGUUAGGUGAUAAAGACGGUGCAAAUCUUCCUUGGUUCCGAUUUGCAGAUGCAGUAUUGCUCUAUUGGUGGAUACAUAAGGAUGUAGUUACCAUCCCAAUCAUUGCCAAGAUAUGCAAAUGGAGUCAAGGAGAAAACGAUUUUCGAAAUAUAUCUUAAUAUUAUAUCGUCGAGAGCCCUAGUAUAGAAAGAGGCCCUAUAUUGACGCUCGAGCUGCGGGACAAGGAUGUGUCAACUGUGAAAGUGGCAGUACCAGGGCGACUGAAAUCUUCAUCACCGUCCUGGACAUAUCAGAUCAGAGUUAUUAUCAUUCGCAUUAUUGCGCCCACGGCAGUGCUGGUUAACGAUACAUUCAACAAAGUUUUGGGGGUCACAAUCCAAGCUAUACUAACUAUAGCCACUGCUGUACUUUGCAUCCUCCCUUUUGUCUUCCUUACUCUAGCUUUUAUUUUCUCACUUUGGGGAUGCCUUGGUGGACCAUCUUUCGAAGAUAUCACCCAAAGAUUGCAAGAUCGUCUGGCGACCCUUGAUCAGAACAGACGACUCAAAUUCCUCAAAUUAGGUUGGCUAUAUGAUUGCCUUGACUCGAUUACCGGAACGAAAGAUUUCGAACUGCACUAGAUAUAUGUCGGCACGGAUGGCACCCUAAAAUUGUUAAGAAUAGGGCUGCAGAAGAUGAGGAGGCCGAUAUAAUGGAAAAGGCCGAACACGACGAGCCGGAGAGUAUAGAUACAUUCAAACCAUAGACGCACGUUCAGCGUUUUUGUUAUACAGCUUAUAGGAAUUAUCUCACAGCUCCUGAAAUAUCCUUGUCACUUCUGUCAUCUCUGGGCAUCAUUUUGCAAUAGUAUGGGGCAUUUGAAAAAUGAAUUGGUGUCCAUCGUUGGUUGGUUGCAUGCCCCUCAGCAAUCGGCAUCGAUCCAAUAGCAGAAGAGUAUGGAUGACCAGAAGUGAGAGGUUCUACGCAUUUUUUCGCUUAAGAGAUCUUGAAUCAAGUAUAUUAUUUCUGUACCCACAUAUCUCUAGUCUAUCUUUAUUAAAUUUGCCAUAUUGUUUUAUCUAUGUUUGUAACCCGAUGGUGUCGUUCCAAGCACUUUGGAGCUAACACGUUACAAUUUAUAGACGAUCUUAACAAGCCUUGUCCACAUUCAUUUCCACCCAUGGGACGACGAUCCCAUUCCAUUUUCCUCAACACAACGCGAUUUGCCCGUUAGUCGCGACCAUUCGAGGAAAAUCUCCUGCAGCGCGGCACACCGAACCACAGGCUUUUUCAUUUGGUGGCCAUCUCCCCGUUACCACCAGGGCAAGGUUCAGUGAGCAGAUUCCCGACUUCUGUAGAGGCCCAAUAAGGUUCGGAAGUUGAUAUUCCCAUGCUCAUACCAAAAUUUCGUCUUUAAGUCGAACCUCGAAGACUCAAGUAGGAGAAAUCGAGCUAUUCCGUAACCGCGCUAAAGUCUCCUCAUCUUGACUUUCUCCAUUCCAUCCUCUGGCAGGCCAGCCUUGUGGCAGAGUCGAUGAAGGUGGGAGUAUCCAUCGAUUGCCACAUGUUCCUUCUUCCCCACACUCCAGGUUGCAAAGCCCAAAAACGUUACAAUAACAUUCCUUUGCAUUUGGGCAAUGGACUGCUUCUUUCCCAAAAAUAAUGUGCCAUGAAUAUUCGAAAACUCGACCACUAAUAGCGUCAUCUAGUGGUGUUUCCAGAAGCCAUUGUCGCCAGUGGAUAUAGUCUUCCCGAGACCUUGAACGAAUCUUUUCUCGCGUGAGUGCAAACUGACCACAACAGGAGACACCAACGACCAUGGGGAGGGUCUCAUUUGGGAAAAUUUCUCCAAAGGCUUUACCAUAUUCUAGUUGGGUGGUUUGAGAAGCUUGUUCGGGUGAGUUUAUGAAUUCUGGGUCAAGCUGCAACUCAGCUGGACAACCCAAGAUCCAAACGCAUCGAAGAUUUACG